AUGGAUAGCGGUGCGCCAGGUGGUAGCGGAAAAAGCAUAGAUGGCUCGGCUUCACCUGUUAGUGCUAGAAGUGCUGCUGAAGACGAAGAAGUGCUGCAUUCGGAUAUCCUCAAUACGGUUAUGAUGAGCUGGGAGGCGGAUGAGAGGGAAAGCCUAGCGAAAGAUUUGUUGCGUUCACGUCAGGAAAGAGAUGUGUUGAAGGUGAGCUAGAU